UGCAAAACUACUCCACCCGCCGCGAAAUAGUUUAGUAGGCAACACCGUCUUUAUCGAUCGCAGUCAGAGUCUAGAUCUAUAAUACAUCAUAUGCCACACCGUCUCGUGGGAAGUGGGCGCACAUGCAACUUUUGAUAGGCCUACAGUCAUUGGAUUGAAACAAUGAGGACCAUACUUCUGCUUGUGAGUGUUUCCCUGGUGAUGCCAGCUGUGUAUAGUUUGGACAACGGUUUGGCACGGACCCCUCCUAUGGGAUGGAAUCCGUGGGAGAGAUUCCGCUGUAAUGUGGACUGUGUUAACGACCCGGAUAAUUGCAUCAGGGAGGAGCUUUUCAUCCAGAUGGCCGACAUUGUAGCAGUGGGGGGUUACAAGGAUGCUGGUUAUGAGUACAUCAACUUGGACGAUUGCUGGAUGUCUAAGGAAAGGGAUGCACAGGGGCUUUUGCAGGCUGACCCCCAGAGGUUCCCCAGUGGGAUCAAGAACUUGGCAGAUUAUGUCCAUGCCAAAGGAUUGAAGCUCGGUGUUUACCAGGACAUGGGCACCGAGACCUGCGACGGCUACCCUGGCAUCUGGGGUCACAUUGAGACCGACGCCAAGACGUAUGCUGAGUGGGGCGUGGACUAUGUCAAGAUGGAUGGGUGUCACCGUCUGGGCCCUAAGUUGUUCCCCGAGGGGUACAAAAACAUGACUCUGGCUCUCAACGCCACCGGGCGUCCAUUUGUCUUUUCGUGUGAGUGGGGAGUUUAUCAACCAAAUCCAAAUUACACUGACAUUGCUGCCCAUUGCAACACCAUGAGGAAUUACAUAGACAUCCAAGACUCGUGGGAGCAAAUGCUCCAAGUGUUGGAUUGGUACGUCUCCAAACAAGAUGAGUUCUACUUGGUCAACGGGCCCGGCUCAUUCAUUGACAUGGAUUUUUUGGUAGUCGGAGACUUCCAACUGAGCUUCGCCCAGGCGCAGGCUCAAAUGGCGCUGUGGUCCAUCAUGUCGUCGCAACUGAUCAUGUCAAGCGACCUGCGCAAGAUGGAUCCCCAGAUGAAAGAGAUUCUCCUGAACCAUGAAGUCAUCGCUGUCAAUCAGGACAAACUGGGCAAACUUGGCAAGAGGUUUUACAAUAAAAACCAGUUUCAGGCGUGGACCAAGGAGCUAGACCAGGGAUGCUACGCUGCCGUCAUUCUGAGACGGGCCCGAAACAUGCCUAUGAACUUCACGACCACCAUGGAGUACUUGGGCUUCGGCAGCAACACCACCUACACUGUGCGCGAUCUGUUCCUGCACAAGGACCUGGGAGUGUUUGGUCCAACGGACCCCUUGUCUGUCUCAGUCAACCCCGGUGGGGUGGUCAUGAUAAAGGCCACACCAAAACCAAUCAAGAAAUUUGUCCGAGUUUAUUAACCCUUACCCCUCCAUGAUCCUUUAAAAUCCAUCGUGUGAGUUGGAAGAUUUCGUAGGAUUGAGCCAAUAGGUACUGUUAGAUUGGCAAGAUGGAUCUUAACCCUUUCAUUGCCUCUUUGCUUAUUGACUUGGCUCUCCCCAGAACAAUAUUGUUUGCUCAGUCAUGCGGAAAUCACUACAGGAUGAAAAAUAGACCACAAGUUAAAAACUCACUUUUUCAACCCAGAUUUUCACUGCCAAGGAGUGAUUAAAAUCAAACUUGUUGUGUGUAACGUCUGUUCCUUGAACUUCACUCUUUUAUGUGUUGUAAAAAACAAGGCCAUAGCAGCAAAUAUAAGAAUGUUAUGCCUGUUUGUUGACUUGGCCGCAGUUAUCAAACUGCAAGCCAUUUCACCACAUGACCAAAUGGCACUCCAUACCUCAAAUUGUGCGUGGAUACUUCUGAAGCACUUUUCUUAUAACAUUUUUGCAAUGGUAAAACAGUGAAUAAACUGCACCAUCAGAAUGAUCUGAAAACACUCUUACAGCUAGUAUAUGGUUGAUGUAUGGGCAGCAAAACAUACCAGCAUGCCAUAUUUCUGAAAAGCAGUGAAUAAAUCUGUGUUGAGGGUGUUCUGUGUGUGGUUUCCUGCUCGACUUAAGUCACCUCUGGUAAGCAGCAUGGGGGUAGUUCCUUGUUGACAAAAGUCGCCCAUUGUAAGGGAAGGGUUACAAGUGGAAGAUCAGAGCAUGUGCAGUACACCUAAAUCGUAAUGACAUCAACGUUUGCUUACAGCGCUUUCAUAUGACAGCAGUGUUGGGACGAGAGCCACCAAUUUCCCAUCAGAAUGCUUAAAUCUAAACAAAGCGUGACGUUAGGAUGAUUCAGGCCUAUUCGUUUCUUGUAUUUUGGGUUGAUUUUGAAGGAUUUUGGAAAAAGGCAAAGGCGUAAUGAUAAAAAGCUACUCACUUAUAUAUGCAAAACCUUGUGAAAAAUACCUCUGUUCAGUUAUUAACAAAAAGUAGUAAAUAUAGCUUAUUUUUGUAUGUUGGUUGUGGGAUUAAUUGAUCGAUUGACUAAUGUAUAUCAAAAUCAAUGAAAAUUUUGUAAUUUUAAAUAUUAGGCACAUGGUGAGAUCAGGUGAAUUUAACAAGAUUUUGUGAAUUUAAUUUGUAGUAUAAAAUUUACUAAAUAAGUGUGCUUUGCUGUGAAGUUCUUUGUGAGGGAAACAUUUUAGGAAAACAAUUCCAUACAAUGACAUCACUCAUUUUUAUCAGCCAUCAGAAAGCGAUAACAUGUUUAAAAAAGGCUAAUUUAGCAGGAAAAAUAUUGAAGCAUUUACUGAGAAAACACUUGGAAUUUUUCUGACCAGUCUCAUAGGGUUUGUGCACAGGGUGACAAGUGAUGGCCAGGUAUGGAGUUCUUUCCAAAAUGUAUAAAAUUUAUUACAAACCAUAUGGUGUUAUUUUUUUCUUUUGCUUGCUCAAAGUGCAGAUAAUAUGCAUAAUUUAUUCAAAUUUGCAAUUUGGUUUGCAAGUAACUGUCCUUACGGUAGCCAUUAAUUAAAUGGCCAUAAACCCAAAGAAACCAAAGAAAAACUGCUUGAGUUAUAUAAUAUACGUUAUGUAAUAUAUUUUGUACUUAACCAUUCCAUUCUAGGUAAUUGAAAGUUUUAUUUUCCAGAAGUCUUUCAAAGAAUAUUUUGUGCUGUUUCUAUAUUUUGUUUCACUACUUUUUAUUUAAUAUAAACAUUCUUUUCAUGUUUGUAGAUUGGGAAGUAGGACAUAUUUUUGCUAUUAUACAAUAGCUUUAUUUUAUUUUUUUGAAAUAUUCUAGAUUCUACUUUAGUUUUUGUGUUAUAAAGCCUCUUUUUGCCUUUAAAAAAAAAGUCUUUCAAAAAAGUCUUUCCAUGGUUCCAUUCAAAACUUAAUCGCUAGUCUUGUGUUAAAAUGUUAUUGCUCAAUAUGCUCAAGUUCAAUAUGAAAUUGGGAUAUGAUUCCUUUUUCAAAUGUAUUUUUACAUCCAAUUGUGAUAUUAAGAGUACUAGACGUUUAUAAGAAAAGAUUUGUGGCCGUUGAGAAAAUAUUUUAUAGAAACUCUGUGUGUGUUGAUUUUUUUUUUUUUUAGAUUUGCCUACAAAUCAUAUGAGCUUGAUAUUUUUGUACAUGUACUUGUUGGUUAUACUAAUGACAUACUUUGUUUAAAAUGAGUGACCCUCAAGUUUGUAAAAGUUAGUUUUGUAAAAAGUGACUUUUGUAACUCAUUUGUAUUUAUCAAUAAACCUUCAAGGGAAAAGUUUUGUUUAAUUUGUAAUAUUUUGAUUUAUUGAAUUUUCAAUAAUUAAAGAUGUAUUCCCGUGCUAUUU